AUGCAUGACGAUAGCAUGUGUAGAUCAUCAACUUCAUCUUCAGCAACAGUAUCAACUUCUACUGGUAGACAAGGAUUAGAACAUAAAAAAUCAGUAACAUUUGAUGAUGGUAUUAAACCGGGUGUUGAAGCAGCUGCUUCUAAUGCAGCUGCAGUCGCAGCAACUAAUAUCAUGUCAUCAUUUAAAGUACGAACAAAUGAAACUGAUACAGAUCAAGUAUCAUUAUUCAAACCAGAAACAUUAACAGCACAAGAACUUGAAGAAAGAAUACGACAAUUGAAAGAUCCAAAUGAACCACCUAUUGAAUUUCGUAUUCAUAAUAAUUUGACUGUCAUCAGUAAAAUUGUUGAUAAUUUCGAUUGUUAUUUAAAUCGUAAUGGUGGUUAUUGUUGGAUUUUUUCAACUCGUGGUCUAUGUACUGUUGCACAAGAUGAACUUAUUUUUAUAUUUGAUGUGAAUAUUAAUAAUGCGAAUGAUAUCAUUUCUGAUCUUCUUCUUCAUAUUCAUCAAAUAUAUAUUGAUGCAACUAAAGGUUCAUUUGUUCGUCAUUUGGGUUUAUCACUUUUAUCAAAUUCAUCAACAUUUCUUGGUUCAUCAACUGCAACUGGAUUUCUUUAUAUAUCUGAUCCUACAUCAUUAUAUAAUUUAUUUCCUGAAACUCCAUAUAUUUUUGGUGUUCUUAUUCAUCAAUUGGAAUUACCAACUGCUCAAUGUUUUCCAAUGAGACUUCUACUUCGAUUAGGCUAUGAAUAUCAAAGUUAUCCAUGGCCAUUAUUUAGUAUUCUUAAUCGAGAUGCAAUGUUUACUGAUACUCAACAUACAAUAAUGAGUUUACUUUGUGAUUUUCGUUCAUUUACUUAUGUAUUAUCUACAAUACGUGGUUUAACAAUAUCAAUUGGUAUUCAAGGUUCUGUAUCAAUACGUAUUCCACGUAAUCGUCAUGAUGAUAUAUUAAAAUCACUUGAACAAAGUAGUCCACAUGCAUUAAGCUUUGGUAUAGUGAAUAUAAAUCGUCAAGUACAUUCAAAACAUCUUGUUACAAUACAAAAUAGUACUGAUCAACAAUAUGAAACACGUGUAUUUUCAUCAUUAGAUUCUAAUGAUGAACAAAUAAUGAUUGGUGGAAAUUUUCUUGUUAUUAAUGCAAGUCUUCGUUCUCGUGAUAGUCCAUCAAGUUCACCAUUAGAUACACAAAAUACUGGAAAUUAUUCAUUACAUAAUAAUCUUAAUGCAAAAGUAAAUACAAUUGAAGAUGGAAUUAUGUUACAAAUAGAUGGUGAUGCGCUUAAAGUACUUAAACAAUGUUUAAAAGAAAGAAAAGAUUAUGCUAUAUUAGCUAAAGCUCGAUCAAUUGUAGUUGAAGAACAAAAAGAUUCAACAAAUGGAAAUGUUAUGAAAAAAAGUUCUAGUGAACAACUUGUGGAAUUUUUAUGGAUUGAUGAUGAUAAUGAUUUUAAUCGAGGAGUUCGUUCACCAAUUGAUCAUUUUCCAAUGGAUGGAAUUCGUAAUUCACGAAUUCAUUAUGCUGGUCAACGUUCUUCAUUAUUUCGUCUUCGAUGGACAGAUUUAUUUUUUAUUCAAUGUCAUUUAAAUAACAAUGAAUCAUUUGAUCCAACACGUUUAGCUGAUUCACUUGCUAAAGCUUUUACACAAGCAUUAAUACCUUUUAUUGAUAUGCUUGUUGAAGCUAAAUAUCGCAAAUUAGGUUUACGUGUUACAAUUGAUCGAGAAAACGCAUCAUAUUUAGCCGGUUCGAAUGGUGAACAAUUAUCACCAUUCUUUUUAAGUCAACUUGAUGAUCAUAUGAUUCCUAUUGUUAUGAAAGCAUCAGACAAUGUAUCACGUACAGCUCCAUCGCUUGUUCUUGAACUUAUCUUUUAUUUGCUUGACUAG